AUGGAGCCGGAACCAAUAUUCUCCUCUGUGAAAUCCUUUGCCCCAGCAACAAUAGCAAACGUGGGCCCGGGCUCUAAACAGAUCAAUUGCGCCAUCGAUGGCAGCAUCGGCGAUUAUGUUUCCGUUCACAUUGAUCCACACGUUAGUCCUGGAACGUCAGCAAUCGCUGCCAUUAAUGGCGUUGCACCCAAGGGAUAUUAUCCUACAGCUAAAUCCGUCGCUGAAAAAGUCAUGAGAAUGCUGGGAAUCGAAUCCGCCGGUCUUUCCCUCUCUAUCGAAAAGGGAUUACCACCAUCAUGGAGUAUUGAAUCGAAAGCUUCUACUGAUGCUGCAGUUGUUGUUGCUGUUAAUGAGCUUUUUGGCGGAAAAUUGUCGGUCUCAGAAUUAAUUCAGGCGGGUGUCUAUAGAGAUGGAUCAAUGGAAAAGGAAGACCCCAAUUAUCCAGUCAUCAAGGGUAAUUUAGUGACAGCGACCAUGGGAGGUUUUGUGAUGAUCCACGACUACCAACCUUUUGAAAUAAAUCCUCUUGAAUUUCCGGCUGAUAAAGAAUUGUUUUUCAUUUUUGUAAACCCAGAAAUUGAAAUUGGGAACUCGUAUAGACCAGAGAUGGCAUCUAUGAAGGAAAUACAGAAAAGUGAUGCGAAGACAAAGCCUCCGACUGAGUACCAUGGGCAGCGUGCGCCACUAAUUCCUGGUUUUGAAGUUAUGCGCGAGACGGCCGAGGGGAAAGCAAUGAGGUGUAGAAUAAUUAAAAACAGGGUCAGUGAUGAUGAUGAUUAUCUGGAGAAGUCUAUGGAGGAGAGUAAAUCAACAAUUCCUGGUCUUGCAAAGGUGAUGAAAGUAGCAUUGGAGGAAGGAGCAUUCGGGUGUAAGUUGGUUGGGCCUAAGGUUAUUGUUGCAGUCACUGAUGAUAUUGAGAAGGGUAAAGAGAUUGGAAAUCAAAUGGUGGAAGCUUUCCUUAACCAUGGAGGAGGUUUGAAGGCUUCUGCAAUGGUUCACAAGCUUGAUCGGGUUGGUGCCAGGGUUAUUAGUAGAGAAUGA